ACCUCGCGCCCCCGGAAGUGGCGUAACAAGACUCGCGUGGCGCGGAGCCGCCGUUUCCGCAAACAGAAUCGUGGGUGGCUGUGUAGUGUUGGUUCAUGAAGUUUUAUCAUCGAUUCAAAUAAUCAAGAAUAGAAAAUUCUGCAAAAGCAGAGGAAUAUUAAAAAAUGGCUCUUGAACAGGCAAAAACAUCAGUAAAUUCUGAAACAGAGACUUCAUUCAGUAUUGAUGAAACCACAACAGCUUCUGGGACUGGGUUUUCUGUAAAGACUUCUGCCUGUGGKCAAGUAGACACACCAAAGAAGAGAAAAGAAUUUGAAGAUGAUCUUGUAGAGGAAAGUUCCAGAUAUGAGGAAGACAGUCCAUCCAAGAAAAGAAAACUUGAUGUUGAAGUUGUCCCAGAGGAAAAAGGUUCUGAUGAUGUUGAAGGUGUUUCAAGGAAAAGGAAACUAGAAACUGAUGAUCUGAAAGAUGAACCUUCGACUGGAGAUGGCACCCAGAAAAAGAGAAAAGUAGAACUUGAGGAUGUUCCUGAAAGGCAGAAGAACUUGGAAGGAGGACACAGUUCAACAGUAGCUGCCCACUAUAAUGAGCUUAAGGAAGUUGGUUUGGACAAGCGUAGUCAAAGUCGUAUUUUUUACCUAAGAAACUUUAAUAAUUGGAUUAAAAGUGUGCUUAUAGGGGAAUUUUUGGAAAAGGUACGACAGAGGAAAAAUCGCGAUAUCACUGUUUUAGACCUGGGAUGUGGUAAAGGUGGAGAUUUGCUAAAGUGGAGAAAGGGAAGAAUUAGCAAGCUCAUUUGUACUGAUAUUGCUGAUAUUUCUGUCAAACAGUGUCAGCAGCGGUACGAGGACAUGAAAAAUCGUCGUGAUGAAUAUAUUUUUAAUGCAGAAUUUAUAACUGCUGACUGUUCAAAGGAACUUUUGGCUGACAAAUUUCGUGACCCAGAAGUGCGCUUUGACAUCUGUAGUUGUCAGUUUGUCUGUCAUUACUCAUUUGAGUCCUCUGAGCAGGCCGACAUGAUGCUCAGAAAUGCCUGUGAGAGACUCGGUCCUGGAGGUUAUUUUAUUGGUACAACUCCUAACAGCUUUGAGCUAAUAAGACGCCUUGAAGCUUCAGAAACAGAAUCAUUUGGAAAUGAAAUCUAUACUGUGAAGUUUGAGAAGAAAGGACAUUAUCCCUUAUUUGGCUGCAAAUAUGACUUCAACUUGGAAGGUGUUGUGGAUGUUCCUGAAUUCUUGGUCUAUUUUCCAUUGCUAACUGAAAUGGCAAAGAAGUACAAUAUGAAACUAGUCUACAAAAAAACAUUUCUGGAAUUCUAUGAAGAAAAAAUUAAGAACAAUGAAAAUAAAAUGCUAUURAAACGAAUGCAGGCCCUGGAGCCUUAUCCUGCAAAUGAGAAUUCAAAGCUCAUCUCUGAGAAGGUGGAUGACUAUGAACAUGCAGCAGAGUACGUGAAGAACAGUCACGUAAGGUUACCUUUGGGAACCUUAAGUAAAUCAGAAUGGGAAGCUACAAGUAUUUACUUGGUUUUUGCCUUUGAGAAGCAGCAGUGAGCACUUAUGCAGUGGCCCCAAAGCAAUUCUCCACCCUACACAGAUUUGAACAAUCCAUCUCAUAGAUCUGACAGCUCUCUUGUUUAUUUUAAUUAUAAAUUAAUUGUAAAUGUACAGGAUGCUGCCGGAAACUCCAGUGUGUAAAUUCAGCAUUUGCUGUCUGUGACAGAUUAACUUGGUGUGUAUAGGUAAGAAUGAAUUGGGACCUUUGUCUUUAAAAAUCUAUUUUCAGGUAAUGUUCUAAGAAUUCCAUUUGCCUGUACUGUCUUAGCUUAUAAAAACGAUAACACAACUUGUUGAAGCAGCUGAAUUCUUCACAGUGCUGAGUUGUCGAGUGUUGUUUACAUGUCAUACUUGCUGCAGCUGCGUGGUGGAGAGGGCACAUUCUGGAUUACCAGUGUGGGCUCAUUUCCAUGUUUUGUUACAUAUUAGUUUUCAAGAUUAAAUGGAUUGCUUUCUGUACAUUUGAAUGCAAAUGUUCAAUAUAUGUUGCUAAAGUUAUAAAUUUAAAACUUGAUUUUAGAUAGUCAUAAAAGUUGCCUAGCUAGAAUUUUUAUCAACUGCAUUUUGAUAUGAAUAAUUAUUUGUUAAUAUGUUGCAAUUCUGAAACUGUUUAGAACAUUUUAGAUAGCAACAUAGAGUUAUUUUGGAAUUUUAAUUUCCUACAAUAGCAUUAAUAUAUCCAUUUGUCAAAAUUGUAAUUAGACAUUUACCUUCAUUGAACAGUGAUGCCGUAACUAAUUUUUCUCAAGAUUUAUUUAGUGAAAGUCCCUUUCUUGUAAGCCUGUUGGAAAUUUUUUCAGAUUUGUAUAUGUAACUGCAACAGGCACAUAGGACUGUAGAGGAAGUAAAUGCUUAGACUUCAGAUUAAUCCUCACUGAUGUUAGAUCCAGGUUCCCAUGCAGAAGUAAGCAAUUUCAGAACCAUUGUAAUUGUCAUUAAAAUUGUCAUUUGUAUAAUUGACUACUCUUCCAAAACAUGCUUAUAUGAACUGUUGUCCUUAUGUUAUGCCAGCAUUCAGGAAACAUGCCAGUGUUUGGAUGAACUGAGAAA